CAGAGAGCCUCAGAGAGCCAGAACAAACACAAUUAAAAAUAGGAAACACACCUACCGCGACGUCACUAAUGACACGUAUUCAAAAUGGCGGCCGCGGCUAUGGAGACGUGGUGGGCCUUGUUGUUGGUAUCCUUAUUCCCAGUGGCCCAGCCUUUCUACGUUCCUGGAGUCGCUCCCCGGGAUUUUCAUAAGGGUGACGUAGUGGACAUUAAGGCGGUGAAGCUGACCAGCUCUCGCACCCAGCUUCCUUAUGAAUAUUACUCCCUUCCUUUCUGUAAGCCAGACUCUGUUGUCUACAAGGGAGAGAACUUGGGGGAGGUGCUACGCGGGGACCGUAUUGUUAACACGCUUUACAGUGUAGAGAUGGACAAAGACAAGAGAUGUGAGCUGAUGUGCAGCAAGAAAACUCUCAGUGUAGCAGAAAGCAGACUCAUAGCAGAAAGAAUCCAGGAGGAGUAUUAUGUCCACCUGAUUGCUGAUAACCUGCCAGUUGCCACAAGGUUAGAAUUUUACCCAGUUAGAGAGGCAGCUGGUGAGGAAGAGCAGAAGAAAGAUGUGAAUAAGGAUGUACAGUUUGAACAUGGUUAUAGACUGGGCUUCUUUGAUAACAGCAAGUUUUAUCUGCACAACCACCUGUCCUUCAUCAUCUACUUCCACAGAGAGAAGGUGGAAGAGGGUGAAAUUGAUGACUACAGGGUUGUGCGAUUUGAAGUUGUUCCUCAGAGUGUGGGAUUAGACGAUCUGAAACCAGUGGAAGCAGAUAAAACCUGUACAUUGCCUGAAGCCAGUGGCUCUGCACCUCAGGAGAUUGAUCCAACCAAAGAGAAUGAUGUCCUUUUUACAUACUCUGUCCACUGGAAGGAGAGUGAGGUGAAGUGGGCAUCCCGUUGGGACACGUACCUGACCAUGAGUGAUGUCCAGAUUCACUGGUUCUCCAUCAUCAACUCUGUGGUGGUCGUCUUCUUUCUGUCUGGUAUUCUGAGUAUGAUCAUCAUCCGCACUCUGAGGAAAGACAUUGCUAACUACAACAGAGAAGAUGACAUUGAAGACACAAUGGAAGAGUCGGGAUGGAAGAAUGUCCACGGUGACGUCUUCAGGCCGCCUCAGUAUCCCAUGAUCCUCAGCUCGCUGUUGGGAUCAGGAAUCCAGCUGUUCUGCAUGAUCCUGAUCGUAAUCUUUGUUGCAAUGUUAGGAAUGUUGUCUCCGUCCAGUAGAGGGGCCUUGAUGACAACUUCCUGCUUCCUUUUUAUGUUCAUGGGAGUGUUUGGUGGUUACUUUGCUGGCAGAUUGUAUCGCACACUGAAGGGUCAUCGGUGGAAGAAAGGAGCAUUCUGUACAGCAACAUUGUAUCCUGCAGUGGUUUUUGGAAUUUGCUUCAUUCUCAAUUGUUUCAUCUGGGGGGAACACUCCUCCGGAGCGGUUCCCUUCACCACAAUGCUGGCCCUGCUCUGUAUGUGGUUUGGUAUCUCCAUGCCGUUGGUCUACCUGGGAUAUUACUUUGGCUUCCGCAAACAGCCUUACGAUAACCCUGUGCGGACGAACCAGAUUCCUCGUCAGGUCCCAGAGCAGCGCUGGUAUAUGAACAAAUUUGUUGGAAUCCUAAUGGCUGGGAUAUUGCCAUUUGGUGCCAUGUUCAUUGAGCUCUUCUUUAUAUUCAGCGCCAUUUGGGAGAAUCAGUUUUAUUACCUCUUUGGGUUCCUCUUCCUUGUAUUCAUCAUCUUGGUGGUGUCCUGCUCUCAGAUCAGUAUAGUCAUGGUUUAUUUUCAGCUCUGUGCAGAAGACUACCGGUGGUGGUGGAGGACUUUCCUGGUUUCAGGAGGCUCAGCAUUCUACGUUCUUAUUUACGCUGUAUUUUACUUUGCCAACAAGCUGGACAUUGUGGAGUUCAUCCCUUCCCUCUUGUACUUUGGCUACACAACCCUGAUGGUGCUGUCGUUCUGGCUGUUGACAGGCACGAUCGGCUUCUACGCAGCUUACAUGUUCAUCAGAAAAAUCUAUGCUGCAGUUAAGAUCGACUGAGUCAUCCUACUCGCUGCUGUAUUCUUUUGGAGGUGUCGAUUUUUCUUCUUUUUUUUUUUAAUAUAUAUUUUUUAUCGUAAAUGUCCAGCGAGCACUGACUUGUAUGUUGUGGGAACAUGAGGGGUGUUUUUUAUGGCACAACAGCCCCACCCACUGGGAGAAUAGUGAGUGGCAGAGCUGAACCAGCGGUCUCCCCUGCUACCCCCUCUCUUUCUCUGGUUCCCCCUGUAUCUCCAGGACAGAGAGACGUUUUGCUCUGGUGGGACAGUUUGUGUCUUCUGCUGUUUCAACCUUGCACACAAACACAGUGGGCCAAAGCUAGUCAGAAGACCGUUUCUGCACAUUUUUUCCAAUCUCUUUCUAUUUUCUUUUUCCUUUUUUUUUUGUUAAGACUCUAACUUAUCUAGAUUUUUAUUUGUAUCAUAUAAGAGUUUUCGGUUGGACUUCUUUUUCUUUUUUAAUUUUCUUUUUUAAUCAUAUCCUGGGAAACAUUUUUUGUUUCUGUUUUCUCAUGCGUCAGAGCCCUGGCCUAUGAGGGAAGGGUGGGAGUCUAUCUGUGGUUAUGGUCCUACCAUUUAUGUCUAACUAGUACGGACGGAUAAAGGAUAAUUUAAAUGUUCUAGUAUUUUUUUUUACUGAAAUUUUCCUGUCCUGGUGUGACCAUGUUAAACCACCGCUGUAAUCAAAAUAUCUUCUUCCUCAAAAAACAAUGGGUCUUUUAUAAACGUGGAAAUUACGGUCUGUUGGUCCUGAAUGCCACAUAACGGCUCUGAAUGGUGAACCCAGUGUCCUACAGCAGUCAAAGCCGCUUAGAGAAAAGGAAAAGCUCACGUCAAAACAGAUAGAACUUUUGAAAAUUUCAUAACAUUUUCAGUUGCAAACUAAACAACAUUCAUCAAACUGUGCCGUCAGUGCAGUGUAGCCUUAGCAGCGCACCAGUGUGAAGCUUGAUAAUUAAUGCAGAAAAGUGCAACUGUCAGUGGUGUGAUGCAAAGUCAGAUUCUCUUUUUAAACAUCAGUGGUUUUCUUGUUAAUUUACAGUCUGUUGUGCAGUGGUGUAUAAUUUGGAAAGGAUUUUUGAUAUGCAAUAAGAAUGGAAAGCAGCUUCUUUCUUUUGUUUUACCCCAAAGUGGUGGAAAGAGAUGUUGGAAUGAACGAAUCUGGAGUUUGGGUUAAAUAGUAGGAGUACAUUAUAUGAUGUCAAAUGAUAAACUCCUAAUGUUAUUAUCUAAUAAAUCAAACCCAAAUAAUUUGUAUAGUGCAUGUUUUUAAAUCAAUCUGACUCAGUGGGUUUGACACUAUUAGAUAGAAAAAGAGAAACUCCAAAAUACUGAAUGUGCACUGGUGUCAUUAAGCAAAAAAUUGCUCCCUUUAGGAAACAAAAGCACUGAUUUGCAGUUUUGUUUUGUUUGUUUUUUUUUUUCAAUGAGAAAUAAUUUCUGAAGCAUCAGCUUUUCAUGAAGAGGAAUUAUGUUGACUGGACAUGUUUGCCCAACCUUAGUGACUAAAAUGACACAGCAGAGCCUCUGAAGAUAAAGAUCCAGCAGUGAAGCUGUUAGAAAGCAACAAUUGCAAUAGUUGAUUGACAACCAGCCUGACCUCUAUAGACCAAUAACAACACACUCAGAACUUACAGUAUUUAGUAUAUUUCAACAUAAACAUCAAAUUGUUAGCUUCUUUAACAAGUCUUAUAAAAGAGUGAUGAACCACACCUGUCACAGAGAUAAAACACUGGACGAGAGUUUCUUGUGCAGUCACAGAGGCAUUAAUGGACAGUGAGCAGUGUAAUAGUGGGGAACUGGUGUGUUCAGGUCUGGAGACCCCUCCCCUCCCCAGGAUUGGUAAUAUUCCUUUUGCAUGUGUUGACAUUAUUAAUCCUAAAAAUAGCAUAACAUCACUGUCUUCUUUUAAAAAUGGGCCAAGAAGGUCAGAGGUGGACUGGGACAGGGUUUAUUCCUUACCUAAUCCCUUGACAAACUAGAUGUAUUAUAGUUAGUAGCUUCAGACCCAAACCAGCCUUUUCAAAAGGUAGCUGGACGUUCUUUACCUUUUAUUUGACUAUGCAAACACACCAGGAAGAGUAUUACUCUGUUUCAUUGUACUGUGAAGUUAACUCUGCAGUCACCACCAGAGUAUCAUCGUACAUCAUACACUUUUUCAGCUCUGCUUUUCAACGGAACUACACACAGAUAGGUGCAGUUCACUGUAGCUACUGUUAGAGUUGGUUGUGGAAUAUUUCAUGUCUUUGCAUACAAGAUGUUAGGAAGUACUGCAUUUGAACAGGAGCCACAGAUGCUUUGUUGUUCCAAGGUAAUAGACAAACAGCAGUUGGUGUUUUUGCAAAGAAGUCAAAGUGUAGCCUGAUGAGAACCACCCCCGAUACUCCAGGGGUGAGGGGUCUGUUGACUUAAUACAAGAAUGAAUGGGUGUAUGUACUCUCUCCUGAUCCCCCCCCCUACUCCCCCGUUACUGUUCUUAAUUUCCCCCAAUGUUUUAUUUGUAUUUCUUUCACUUAAUGUCAGGAUCUAUUCCACUUUAAAGGUACCGUCUUCAGUAACGUUGGCUACAUUUCUACCACAGAAAUUUGAUGCAGAGUCACUCAAAAGCAUGUGCAAAAAUAGCCACCAAGCUUCCAGUGCUUCUGGUUCCUGUCACUAGGUUCCUGCAAUUGCACAAACUUGGCGGGAAUCCCAUCAGACCAUAGACCAGAUGUAGUGUGCUUUCGGACGUGAUGGUAGGAUAGUGCAGGAUGUAUGGUUAAUUAAAAAAUUAUAUAAAAUGACAAGAACUGUUGCUUAUAGUUAAUAUAAGGUGCCACUAGUUGGAACUCAGGGUCCUGUUGGUUCCUACAAACUGUCAAGAAGGAUCAGAAUAUUGUGGGGACCAGUCAGAAAAAUGUAAAUGGACUAAAGCCUCCCAACAGUCCUACAUCUACAUCAAAAUCCAUCUUCAAACUCAUGCUGGUUCUUUCGGUGCUUUCCUGUUACUGUUCUUUGCACCUGGUACUAGUUCAUGCUGCUGAAAUGCACCUUUAUUGAACCGUUGGAAGAGAGUUAAAUGUAGCCAAAACUAUUUACCUUGACUGGCCUCUUUCUCCAGGAUUUCUUCUCAGUAAUUUGGACUUGGUUUAGAUUUCCUGCAUCUCAACGACAGUCUUCUCUUUACUUCGCCUCAGAUUCUGUCUCUGUACCACUGUAUUACACCAGAGUCCCUGAACUCUGGCUCUGAAGCUGCUGUCUCACAUCAAGACACCGGCUCCUCCCUGAGAGCGUUUUUUACAGGUGGACUUUUGGUGGUCUGAGUCAUGCAUAUGUGUAUGUGUGAUGGAGGGGUUUACAAUGUAAAUAGGAGAAAAGGCUUUGUAUUUGUUUGCGAUUUUGCUGUUUUGUGGAGCAUCUCUAAAAUGAUUCCUGUCUCUCUUUUUUUUUUAAAUCAAAAGCAUGAUUCAAGUGGUGACUUUGAAAGGAACCUGUUUCGUUUCCUCUCCGUUGCUUUUACAAUAAGAAUGUUACAAAAAUGUACAAUGGCAAAACAAUAAAGAAAUGACGAGUUGGAUAUGAAAAUUAA